CGACGCGACUUUACCGCCGCAAUGCAGGACAUUCGUUUGACAGCCGCUCUGGCAGCCUGCUUUUCUAUCUUUCCAGUGCUCACCAAUGCAUUCUGGCGUCUUCCCUGCCGCGGGCGAACUGGUGUCGCCCGGUUGGAUCCUAUCGUGGAUCCAGGGGAGAUUUCUUCUCAUGUGCAUGCAAUCCAUGGAGGAGGGAAUUUUGGUAUGAGUGCGGAUAUGGAUACUCUACUGGAGUCUAGCUGCACGUCUUGCGCUGUGACGCAGGACCUGUCGGCUUACUGGACACCUGCAUUGUACUUUAUGCACACCAAUGGCAGCGCCGAAUUGGUCGAACAGGUUGGAGGCAUGCUAGCCUACUAUCUUCUCUAUGGCGAGAAUAUCACCGCAUUUCCCAAUAACUUCCGGAUGCUGGCCGGCGAUCCCUUCCAGCGCAACUUUACCUGGCCUGUUCCUGAUCCUCCAAAAUCUUCAUGGUCCGGUGCCCAGGUUUCUCAGAAAGCCCUGCGCCAGAAAGCUUUAGGAUUCAAUUGCUUGAACUAUGCUGCUGCUGCCGAGGCCUCUCUUUACCGGCAUUACAUGCCGAACAAAACCUAUCUCGACGAACAUUGCACUGAUGGUCUCCGCUUGGAGCUCAUGUUUCCUUCAUGCUGGAAUGGCAAGGAUGUUGACUCUGACGACCACAAAUCCCACGUUGCGUACCCUGACCUGGUUAUGACCGGCACCUGCCCCGAGGGAUAUGAGACACAACUUGUUUCACUCUUUUACGAGACCAUCUGGAAUACAUAUGCCUUCAAGGAUGUGGACGGUUACUUUGCGUUGGCUAAUGGAGACCCUACUGGGUAUGGAUAUCAUGGCGAUUUCAUGUAUGGCUGGGAGGAGGGUGUGCUGCAAGACGCUGUUGAUACUUGCACUAGUGCCACCGGCGAGGUCGACGACUGCGGAGUCUUCGAUAUACAGACCGAAACAAAGGAACGUGAAUGCUUUUUCGAUAUGCCAGAGGCCCUCGAGUCUGAGAACGUCGAAAUGCAUGCCAAUGGACUCCCUGGAGAUAUGGCCAUUCAGUGGGGACCAGCUUACGCCACGAUGGGGUCGUCAUCUUCCUCUGCAACAACCACUUCCUCGGCGUGGAUUAGUCUCCCGACCAUCUCUCUGCCGACUGUCUCAGUUAGUAUCUCGAUUGACACCGGCAAUGUUCUGGGUAAAGCCGAUGCCUUGGACACUGCUACGACGACUUCUACGUCCACUUCGACUUCUUCACCAACCCCAACUCCGACGACAUCUAUCUCGGUCGACUCGAUCACUGAGGAGAUUAUCUACCUUGAACAGGACAUCAUUGUCAUGAUCGAUGAGAACGGCACUCCAUACGCCACUCAGACUGGCGAGCAACGCACCGUAUCAUCAGCAACCACAACGGCCAAGACAACCUCCACUGUCAUUUCAUAUGUCGAAAGAGACACCAUUCCAGAGCUCCCUGAAAAACGGGAUCGUCUGGCUAACCAUGUAAGGAGACACGCCCAUAACCAACACCGGCAUCUGCAUAACGGGCAUGCCCUUUGA